UGAAUGCAGAAAGAGGAGAUGUAGAACAUGCAGCUCUUCCUGGCUCUCUUCUUCCUGCUGGGAAUCCCCAGCGGGGCUCCAGAAAUUCACUCUCUCAAGUAUUUCUACACUGCAGCCUCCAAUGUUCCGAACUUUCCAGAGUUUGUGGUCGUUGGUUUGGUGGAUGAAGUUCAAGUUGAGCACUGUGACAGCAACACCAGGAGAUUUGUUCCCAGACAGGACUGGAUGAACAACGUCACAGAAGAAGAUUCAGAGUACUGGGACAGAAACACUGAGAGGUUGUUGGAAGCUCAGCAAACCUUCAAAGGAAACAUUGAGAUCUUGAAGCAGCGUUUGAACCAAACUGGAGGUGUUCACAUCUUCCAGAACAUGUACGGUUGUGAAUGGGACGAUGAAACUGAUGAAGUGAACGGAUAUUACCAGUUUGGUUACGAUGGAGAAGAUUUCAUCUCUUUCGACCUGAAGACAGAAACAUGGAUCGCUCCAGUUCAACAGGCUGUUCCCACCAAACACAAGUGGGACAAUGACAAAGUUCUGGUGGCUUAUCGUAAACAGUACCUGACCCAGAUUUGUCCUUAUUGGCUGAAGAAGUAUGUGAAGUUUGGUCGGAGCUCACUGAUGAGAAAAGAUCUUCCCUCAGUGUCUCUCCUCCAGAAGACUCCCUCCUCUCCGCUCACCUGCCACGCUACAGGUUUCUACCCCGACAGAGCCGACUUGUUCUGGAAGAAAGACGAGGAGGAGCUCCAUGAGGACGUGGUCAGAGGAGAGAUCCUCCCCAACCAUGACGGGAGCUUCCAGAUGAGCGCUGAUCUGGAUGUUUCAGGGCUCAAAGAUGAAGACUGGGGGAGGUACAGCUGUGUGUUUCAUCUGGCUGGAGGACAGGAAGUCUCCAAGAGACUGGACAAACGGGACAUCAGGACCAACUGGAAGACAAAUGAUGGAGGGUUUCUCACUGGAGCUGCUGCUGGAGGAGUUGUUGUUGCUCUGCUCCUUCUGACAGGCUGCAUCAUUGGACUCAUCGUCUACUUGAAGAAACGACGUCAAGGGUUCAGAGCCAAUAACAGGUUUCUCACUGGAGCUGCUGCUGGAACUGUUAUUGCUGCUCUGCUCCUCCUACCAGGCUGCUUCAUUCGACUCAUCUUUUACUUAAAGAAACGACCUCAAGGGUUCAGAGCCACUAACAGUGAGUACUUUCCUAUUUCCUUUCAUCAGGAUGUUUCAGUGUUGUUUGAUGUUCCUUUCUGUUGUUUCUGCCUUCAAGCUGACUUCUUGCUUUGGAACAUGUUUCAUGUGUUUCAUUGUUUUUAGGAGGUUGUAGAUUGU